AUGAGCUCGGAGAACAGCGAGAAGGGCGACCUCGGGAAGGCACAGGUCUUGGACGAGAAGCACCUGCAGAAUGUAUCCGUAUCGACCAAGGAAGUCGAUACAGGUGCUCAGCUCUUAGCUGGGACGCAUAUCGAACUUGACGAGGCGGAAGCCAUGCGGAUAAGGCGGAAGAUUGACUGGCACAUUUUGCCUAUGAUGUGCACACUGUAUUGGAUUCAGUUCAUGGAUAAGACGACGUUAGGAAGCUCCGCUAUCCUCGGUAUCAGCGAGGCCACACACCUUACGACGAACCAGUAUAAUUGGCUCGGCACGAUCUUCUAUCUCAGCUACCUCCUCUUCGAGUACCCCCAAAACCUCGCCCUCCAAGCCUUCCCCGUGGGUAAAUGGAUGAGCUUAAACAUUACGAUCUGGGGCAUCGUGCUCUGCCUGCAUGCCGCCUGCAAGAACUUCGCGGGCCUCUUCGUCGUGCGCUUCGUCCUUGGCGCGUGCGAGGGCGCCAUCACCGCGGGCUUCAUGAUCGUCAGCUCCAUGUUCUACACGCGGAACGAGCAGACGCUCAGAGUGGGGUACUGGUUCUUGAUGAACGGAACAGCACAAAUCAUCUCGGGUUUUAUUAGCUUCGGAAGCCUACAUAUCCAUGCCGGUGGUAUGGAGCCGUGGCAGUGGCUGAUGAUCAUCACGGGCAUCCUAACACUCGUCACCGCCAUUGCGUAUUGGUUCGCAUUCCCCGAUUCGCCGACUAAUGCGUGGUUCCUAACCCCAGAGGAACGCGUCAAGGCCGUGAGGCGCAUCAAAGAAAACCAAACUGGUGUUGAGAACAAACACUUCAAGAAAGAUCAGAUGAUGGAAGCCCUCACUGACCCAAAGACCUGGCUCUUUGCCCUCUUCUCCGCGCUCGACAACGUCCCGAACUCACUCACCAACCAGCGCCAGAUCAUCGUCGCGUCCUUCGGGUUCACGACCUUCCAGACGACGCUGCUCGGCUGUGUUGACGGCGCGGUGGAGAUCGCGACCAUCUGGACUGGGGUGACGAUAGCCGCACGGGUGAGGAACGGUAGAGGGUAUACGGGCGCGGCAUAUUUUCUACCAUCAUUGUUAGGGGUCAUUCUUAUCAGUACGUUACCGUGGAGUGAUAAGAUCGGUUUGCUGUUCGCGCAGUGGCUGUCAGGUAUCAGUGUGACGGGUUUUGUCAUGAGCCUCUCCUGGCUGUCGAGUGUUACAGCGGGCCAUACGAAGAAAGUAACUACCAACGCAAUCAUGCUUUCCGCGUAUUGUGUCGGUAAUGCAGCCGGGCCGUUCAUGUGGCAACAAAAAUACAAACCUCGCAACCACGUUCCGUGGGCGAUCAUCGGCGUCUGCUACGCAAUCUGUCCUUUGAUCUUGCUCGUCAUCCGGUACAUACUGUGGAAAGAGAACAAGCUAAGAGAUCAGGAGCCUCCGGACGACACCUAUGAUGAUGUGUACAUCGAGGCUAUCGACUCGGAGGGGAACAGGGUGGAGAGGAAGGUGGAUAAAGAAUUCCUGGACUUGACCGACAGGCAGAAUCGGGAAUUCAGAUACGUGUUAUAG